AUGAGGGGUCAUCUGUUCUUUUUCGCCCUUCUAGCUCUGCUUAUAGUAGGGAUUCAUGCAGCAGAGUGGGAUACAACUGUCUUCCCAUCUUGCACGGUCACUUGUGAUAACCAGUUAUUCUCUGAUUGCUCACUGAGCAACAACACAUCAUGCUUCUGUGCCAGUCGCUCUCGUCCCACAGCCCUGUUAGAUUGUGCUGAAAGUAACUGCACAUCAAAGGAAUUCUUCACCACAAAACGUCUCUAUGAAAAAGAAUGCGAUAUAACACCACGCAAAGGCCCCGCGGUGGUCAACGCCUCGACUCUAAUCCCUUUUAUUCUUGCGUCGUUUUUCUUCGUCAUGAGAAUGAUCGCCAAGAGCAGCGGCCUCGCUGGCGGAUGGGGAUGGGAUGACUAUACAAUAAUUGUCUCAUAUGUCAUAGGAGCUGCCAUAUAUGUUCUGGAUAUCUACAUGAUCCGAAAUGGUUUCGGACGAAACAUCUGGGAUGUCCCUUUUCCUUCGGUCACCAGGUUCUACCAGUAUUUCCAAGCUAUGGCCGUUAUGUAUAAGGUCCAAAUCUCCCUCGCAAAGAUCUCCGUGUGCCUCUUCCUACUCCGCAUCUUCCAAGCACGCACAUUCCGCUAUUUGGCAUAUGCACUCAUCUUUACCAACGCCGCGAUCGGUAUCACCUGGGCCUCAGUGGAUGCCUUCCGUUGUUUGCCAACGCGCCUAACAUGGGUCGGCUGGAUGAACGAGGAACCUGGACAUUGCAUGAAUUUUAUCGUCGCGGUUCUUGUUAACUGUCUGGUGAACAUCUUUGUCGACUUCAUCUUGAUCGUCAUGCCGGUGUAUGAGGUGACCAAGUUGCAGUUACCUCUGCGACAGAAGCUAGCUGUGGCAUCGAUGUUUAUCGUGGGAUCUGUUCUAACAAUCAUCGCGAUAAUCCGAGUCGUCGUCUUCUGGACUAACCGUUGGGGUGCCAACGAGACUCUCGGUCUAUACCCCCUCAUGCACUGGUCCGUCAUCGAAUCUCAGAUCUCUGUUAUGUGUGCUUGUCUGCCUGCAUUCAGAGCUCUCAUCGGCCGAUGGUUCCCCCGAUUGCUUGGGGGAUCAUCGAACCGAACGAAUCCAUCCAACAUGGCUGAGUACUAUAACAAAAUGCCCACGGCGAACAGUAAUAUCAACAAGUCUGUUACCUACUCGGUGAAUUAUGAGACUCGGUCGCCAGCGAAUAGUGAUGUGGAGUUGGUGGAUGUGCCGAAACAGCGGCAAUGA